AUGUCCACAUACACCACCACCCCAAGGAAGCCCUGGACCCCCCACUCCCUCUCAACCCUCCAACGCUCCGGCUACACCCCACAACCCUCCAAAUACCUAAAAUACUCUCCAAUCGACUUCUUCCACCCCUCAGUAAUCUGUUCCAAACCCUUCGAACCCUACCUCCGAAACCCCUAUCCCAAAAUCGACCCCUCCAAAAUCUUUUUUUUACUCCUAACCUACCUUUGCGAAAACGAAUAUAUCGAUCCGGAAUUCCUUCGAUUACCACCGAAGAAUAUAGAGGUGUUGAUAGAUACCUGCUCUUAUAUAUUUGCGUCGAAGAUUACUUCGCAGUUUAGAUUGGAUAUGGAGUCCUUGUGUGCUAGUUAUGGUGAGGAGGUUACGAAUGAGGGGGGGGUUGUUCAUGCUUUAUUUGUUGCUUCUCCUUAUACCCCUCUUGUCGCUACUACUACCACUAAUAGGAGUAGUAGUGGUAGUAGUAGUAGUAGCAGCAGUGAUCCCGGUGGAACUGGGAUAUUCGAGGAGAAGGGGGAUUUUACUACAGUUGAAGAAUGGAUCGGGGUUAUGGUUAAUAUGGUUUGUAAGGAAUAUAAUCGAAAGAUGGAAUUGACCAAGAUGGCAGUGGCGAUUAGAGCUACGGGAGUGGUGGAGAAGAAAUCGGUUUUGGAGGCUAUGAAGAAGGGGGUUAUGAGGGCUUUGGGGGUCAGAGAUGGGGUUAAAUGGAAGGAUAGGAAGGGGUUGGGGGUUGCUGCUUGGGUUUAUGAUAUUGUUAGGAAGCCGAAGGGGUAG